GGCUCCUCGUGCAGAAUUUUGAAGUGUAACUCCGAGUUCUGGUUAACAACAUCAAACUCCCAUUACCACAUAGGCGCAGAGGACCCUGUAGAAGUUUGUACAGCGAUAAGGUCGUAUGCCCAUUGCACACGACGCACUGCCCGCUAUUGUAGAGGAGACUUGGCUUACCAUUCAGCUGUCCAUGGCAUUGAUGACCUCAUGAUCCAGCACAACUGUUCGAAAGAUGGCCCCACCUCUCAGCCUCGUGUACGCACUCCACCUCCAUGGGACAGCCAGGAAAGGUCUGACAGCCCUGAGGUCUGUAAUUAUGAAAAGAAUUUCCACCGGCAUGCUUCAGCCCAAAAUUACACCCACUGCGGACUCUUUGGGGAUCCCCAUCUUAGGACGUUUUUGGACACUUUCCAGACCUGCAAAAUACAGGGGGCAUGGCCUCUUAUAGACAAUAAUUACUUGAACGUGCAAGUUACCAACACUCCUGUACAUCCAGGGUCCGCUGCAACUGCUACAAGCAAGAUCACAAUAAUCUUCAAGAACUUCCAGGAGUGUGUAGACCAGAAGGUCUACCAAGCUGAAAUGGAUGAGCUUCCAGCAGCUUUUAUAGAUGGAUCCAAGAAUGGUGGAGAUAAGAGUGGAGCUAAUAGUUUGAAAAUUAUUGAGAAGGUUGCUGGGCAGCACAUAGAGAUUCAAGCCAAAUACAUUGGUACUACCAUAGUGGUUCGACAAGUUGGCCGCUACCUAACCUUUGCAGUGCGUAUGCCAGAGGAGGUGGUGAAUGCAGUUGAAGAUAAAGAAAACCAGGGACUUUACCUGUGUCUUCAGGGCUGCCCUCAGAACCAGCAAAUUGACUUCCGAACCUUUCACUCUCAAACCCCAGAGACUGGCUUGUGGAGACGAGCCAAGUGUAAGGAGAAGCUUCCAGUGGAGGACCUUUACUUUCACUCCUGCGUGUUUGACCUCCUUACUACGGGAGAUGUGAAUUUCACUCUAGCUGCUUAUUAUGCCUUUGAGGAUGUAAAGUUAUUACACUCCAAUAAGGACAAAAUUCAUCUGUAUGAAAGGACCACAGACUUGGGGCCUGGCAAUUCCGCUCCUCGGUUAGGCCUAGAGAUGGCCAAGCUUCUCGUGGUGUUAGUGUGUUUGUUUCAGUGUUGCUGUAAAGUUAUGUUUACCGUGUAA